CCGGCGCCCUCCGUCCCGCUGCAGCAGCCCGCUCUCGCACCUCCGCCCCUGCACCGCCGCUCAGCGCCGCGGACGGGGGGCUGAUCUUCGCCCGCAGAAACUUUGCACCCCCGGGUCGUGGCGGGGACCGUGGGCAUCCAAACAAUGAUUCCUCCGGGGGAAUGCCUAUAUGCUGGGAGAAAAAGGAGGAAACCCAUUCAGAAACAAAGGCCUGCAGUUGGGAAUGAAAAAUCGAAUCCUUCAAAGAGACACAGGGACCGCCUGAAUGCAGAACUGGACCAUCUGGCCAGCCUCUUGCCUUUUCCACCCGACAUCGUAUCGAAGCUGGACAAACUUUCUGUCUUGCGCCUUAGCGUCAGCUAUCUCCGAGUCAAAAGUUUCUUUCAAGCCAUUCAAGAAAAGCACUUUAAGAAGCAAGUUGGCCAAACGAUAAAAGAAGACAACGUAUCUAACAAGACUGCUGUACAAGAAGGUGGACUUCUACUAGAAUCACUGAACGGUUUUGCAUUGGUGGUGAGUGCAGACGGAAUGAUAUUUUAUGCGUCAUCAACGAUUGUGGACUACCUAGGGUUUCAUCAGACUGAUGUAAUGCACCAAAACAUAUAUGAUUACAUUCACGUGGAUGAUCGCCAGGAUUUCUGUAGACAACUGCACUGGGCCAUGAAUCCUCCCCAGAUGUUAUCUGGACAACCACUACAGGCAGAAACAGGAGAAGAAUAUAUUCUCAGUAAAUUGUUUAAAGCACAAGAGAAUGACAGCAUGACAACAGAUUAUUCUUCCUUUUUAACUCGUUGUUUCAUCUGUCGAGUUCGCUGCUUGUUGGACAGUACUUCUGGUUUCCUUACAAUGCAGUUCCAAGGCAAACUAAAGUUUCUUUUUGGACAAAGGAAGAAGUCCUCAUCAGGAACAGUAUUGCCACCUCAGCUGUCAUUAUUCUGCAUAGUGGUACCACUUCUGCUCCCUUCUGUGACAGAGAUGAAGAUGAAAAGCCUACUUGUGAAAGCAAAACAUAAAUCUGAUGAUGCAGCAGCAGUGAAUACAAACUCCAGUUCCAAAAGUAAUUCAGGGCUGUGUGAAGCAGCAGAUUUAUAUGGAAGAAACAGUCAUCAUGAAGGUGCUGCUUUCACUAAUGUAUUACAGAUUGCUGAAAACCAAAUCAAAGCGAAGAAUAAUGGAGAAAAUGGCAUUUCUCUAGUCAAAGUACAAAAAAGUGAAGAUCACUGGGUCUGGGUUCAAGCCAACACUCAACUUCUGUAUCGAAGUGGUUGUUCAGAGUAUGUCCUUGCCCAACAGCAAAUGUUAAAGGAAGAAGAUGAACAACUGAAGAUACUAAGUGGUUUUGCCAGUUUGAAAGGAAACCUGGAGGGGCUUUCCUAUAACAGCGCCAUUGAAACUCUGGGCCAGUGGAAGCAUCUUAACUGGACAGCAGUAAAAAAUGAACAAGAUAAUGUAAAAGUGAAGUUUGAGCCACAUACAAACGGUGAGUGUUUUAUGCAAGAGGAACCUCUCAGUUCCAACACAUCAGUUUUAGGUGUUCAAAGCAACUGCACCACAAACAGUAGCUGGACUUUAAGAAACUCAAGCUCUUGUUCUAUGAGCCAGCGAAUGAACACAUGUUCAAACAGGAGAGCUGGAUCAUUCUACAACAGAGACCAAAGCUUCUUAAACUUAGCAUCAACUUGUCCUUCCCACUGGGGGAGCACAGAAAGCUGCCAGUCUUACUCAGGUGUACAACAACGUUGUGCGGAGAACUAUGCAACGGACCAUCUGAAAAUGCAGAGACCAUUCAUAUCCUCAGAGUCUUUCUAUGACACAGCCUUUCCCUUGGAGAUGCCUAUCAAAACGGAAUAUGAUUCUGAUUCUGAAAACAUUGCUGAUAACUACCUGAUCUCACAAAACCGAGCCUGGGUGGAUGAGAACAGCUCAGUGAGAAAGCAGGUGUUUAGCUACCCCAAUAGAGUACAUCUCAAAACAGAACUGGACCUCUGCGAGCCAGCCUCACCUUGUCAGAAGCCAAGGCACUGCCUUUACACACCGCAUAAUUGGCAGUGCAUUGUAGCAAAUCAUCCCAACAACCUAAACCUGAACAGAUCUUGCAAGGGUUCACGUAGCAAGGAGGUGGCCCCGUUUUAUGCUCAGAACUCCUCCGGGUGUUUGGAAAGCAUGCCCGACCUGACACACACGGCUUGCUAUGGCCACUUCUACAGCCCCAGCCCAGGAGAGGAGAAAGAGCAGAAUAAUGAGGGGUUUAAAAUGCCGUGUGAAUUUAAAAAACCCUGCUUGGUUCAAGCAAUCAAGCGUGAACCCCUGGAUUCUCCACCAUUGUCCAGCAGUGGACAGAACAGAAUACAAAUGAGCUUCCCUGAAAAUACAUUAGCAGGUCCUGUGCCUCAUAAAACCACUGAAUGUACAUUUUUACAAUAGAUUUUAUAACUUUUGGAGUAUUUAUAAUGUUAAAAGCAUGAAGUUGUAGGUUCUCUUCCACUUGGGUUAAAUAAUUUACUAAAAUUAAAAGCCAGUGCAAAGAUUUUGUGUGUGUGUGUGUGCGCAUCUGUGUAUGAGAAAAAACAGACACAGACACACACACAUCAUAUACCCUGUACUGCCCUACUACCCUUCUCUUAGUGAUCUUUGGAAAGAAAGAAAGAUAAAACCUCAGGCACAGAAAAAUAAUCACUGCUCACUGCACAGGUAUACAUGCUAAUUUGUCUUUUAUCAUCUCUCCUCUCAUGUCUACAAUUCAUUGCCAAGGUCUAGCUAUUUCUGUUUCGUGCCUUUGUUCAUUUUUGUUUUCUGAAGCUGAUAUGGAUGUCUCUGUGCAAACCUAAAAUGUUUAUGGUCUUCAGUGCGGCCAGUUUACCUUAGUGGUUUUUGUAUUUUUAGUUUUUUGCUAUUCUAGUAAGAAGCAUCUUCUAUACCUUUAUCUCAGCAUUAAACUAAUGGCAACAGGAUAGCAUUAAUUAAAACAAAUUACUUUCAUAAAAUGCAUUAGAAAUUAUUUCACUUCAAACUGAAGUUCUUCCCAAGUUUCCUUGAUAAUACUGAUGUUUUAGCAGCCAUAUUUUUCCAUUCUAAAGCCAUCAGCCUUUCAUGUUGCUGUUCGAAAGACUGAACAAUGGAAUGUUACCCACUUCUGUGAGUUACCAAUGCUGUAAAAUGUACAUGAGAAGAAAAUAUUUCCCCAAUAUUUAUUGCUGUUAUUUGUAACAUUAACAAAGGAAAUGCACUUUUUAAUUUGAUAGUAUUUCUUUGAUUGAUAACAGCUUGUUAGAUAUUGUCACCUGGCAUCAAAACCAAACACCACAUUAAGAUUACAUAUCUUAUUUUCAAAAGCAUCCUAGUUUCAUUCUCAAAAUAAAAUCUUAAUCUCUUAAACCAAGAGCUAACUGGAGGAUGCAUAUGUUUCAAAAGCACAAAGUUUUUUUUCUGAAAACAGAUCUGAUGCUCUCCUUUGAACCCAGGCAGUAAUGUAUUUCCACCAAAAAAAGAAAAAAAGAGUACAACUUCUGGUUUGGUUUUUAUUGUUGUUGUAGUUUGACUCCUGCACUAACUUUUGUUUUAAAAUUGCACUAUGUCAACUUUAUAUCAACUUCACCUAUAUAAAAACCACAUCAUUUUUUAAAAAAGGCCAAAAAAAACCUUAGAUGUAUAUGUGCUUUUUGAAAGAAACCCUAUAAUGAAAGUUUUCUUUUCAAAAUAUUAUAAAUAAUUAUAAUGUCUUCAUUUCUGUACCUGCUAGUCACUAAAGGCAUGGCUUUACAUGCCAGAACAGUGGCAUAAACUUCUCCCAAAUGCUAUAAAUAUGUGCGAUAAGUGUAGUUUAUGGGGAAUGUUUCUGCACCUGGGAGGCUGCUCUUCUCCAGAACUAUCUGUCGUCUCUGAUAGAAAUUAUUGCCUGUAUAUUAGAGUUGACAGAUGCAAAGUUUACAUUCUUUGCAUGUCAGUUAAGUGCUUGUGAACAAUCGUUUGAUCUGAAAUGCUGCACUUUACACUGAAAUGGUACCUUUUGAUGGUUGUCCUGCAGAAGGCAGUAUUCCCAGCAAAAAGACGAGAGUCCACAGUAAAGAGGGACAAUAAUAUCUUACUUUAGCUCAAAUUAAUUCUGCCAUAGUCCAGCUGACCAUAACCAAGCCAUGAAAACAUACUUUUUUGUGUGUGUCUGAGGUAAAUCAGUUUCCUGUUGGCUAUGUGCUGCUUCUUACUUAAGAUAGUCUUGAUAUCCUUGCUUUAAUACUGCUGCCAGUGGGUGCAGUGCAACAUCAGACAUGUUCUGAAGUGAGACUACAAUGGUGGAAUUUACAUGGCUCUCUGGUACACCGCUGUUCACAUCACAUCAAUUCAAGCCAAACUGCAGAAAUGCUUACAGGCAAGCAAACUGGCUACUUAUGUACAGCAAGACUGCUGAAAAGCUGCUCAUUUAAUUCCAUGCUUGGACUCACUGUCACACCCCUCUAAGAGAGAGUACCUGGGCCUGGUUUUGCACUACCUUGCACCUUUCUCUCAUCAUUUACAUUGAUGCAAUGACUGUAAAACACUGUUGUCCUAAUCUGGGCGUGCUGGUGCCAUUUUGCACAAUGUAAGUGUUUAAAUCAGGUGCAGCUCUGUAGAGGACUGCGCCACAGAAUGCCUCAUCUGUGCUUAGAAAUAUUUCCUGACGUGACUACAAUGGGACAUCUAUACCAGCCAGAUUUCUCUCUUCAGUGUGGAACAACAUAUAUUAACAACAGAAGUUCUGUACAGAUCAUUCUGUUACAGAAUGAAGGCUGUUUUGUUAACAUAAAUACCUACUUUAAGGCUUUCCUUUUCCUGAUUUACUUCAGUUGGGAUGAUUUUUCUCAUGUUUCCAACAAAUACAGACAUAUUUUACACAUCUUAAUUGAUAUUAUAGAGGUAGAUGAAGCUUCUGCAUGUAAAAGAAUCUAAUUUAAGAGAUGUAACAGCCUUCUUCUAGGAGGAUGGAUGAACGUGUGACUCAAAAGUGCGAUGUCACCUUCUGACUCCCUACUGUGUAAAUCAGUCAGGUUUGCUUCCCUAUUGUUCCAUAAAGUCUGAACCCAAACACACUAAUCCUGCACAUCACAUUUGAAUUUGGCCCAGUUAAUUUAUGGCUGAGUAGUUAUUCCAGGUCUCACAUGAAAAUAUGUGGUAUCAGUGGAAUUCUUUAUAAAUUAUCACACACAUCCAUCAGUCUCCUAAGAACUGUGCUUAUAAAGUGAUCAGCAGUUUAUCCUCUUUUUGGACAACUGCUAACCACUGUCAAUAUGUUACUAUGAUAGUAAACAAAGAUCAGUUCCUUCAGUCACUCGUGUUUAGCCCUUAAUGAGCUGGUAUUUGUAUCCCUCAAACACAGCCCAAAAGUCUGUUUUAAGAGCCUCCAAAUGUAUUUAUUGUAACAACAAUAAAAAAGUAUUCUUGCAGAAGAAAUUCCUAGUCAAACACUCAACCUGAUAGGAACUUGGAGCAUAGAGGCUCCAAGAAAUGCCUUUCUUUUUCCAGUGUGUGCUUCUAACACCUGACUGAUGACAGUAUUCAAACUUCCUAAGCCAUAAACACUCCAGAGGUUGAGACAGAAUGAGCUAAUGAAUUCUUGUGUUCGGGGAUAUUUUUUGAUAUUCAUCCAUAUUUUUUCUAUAUGGAAGGUGAGCAGUUCUAAAAGCUCUAAAAGAAUGUGUCUCCCUCUGAGAUGUUGCUCAGUCCACAGACAGCAGAGACUAUUAUCAAUGCUAAAGCUGCUGAAUAAGGUCUUGUCUAUACUGCGAAUGUGGCCUGAUUCAUCUGUCAGUGGACAGCUGUCGAGCGCCAUAUGAAUGCUAGUCCAACUGAAGUACACCAUUAUAAGCACUAUUUUUACCAAAAAACAACCUGAUUUGAGCCAAGAGUAAACUUGUCCAACAAAAAGAGUGGAUUUUCCUGCUGCUUCUAAGGUUUGCUGGGGUGCAGUUACCAGUGGCUGAAACUGGGGAAGACCUCCACUGUAGAUAACACUACCAAGCAUUUAUAUUCACUUUAGACUCUCUGGAUACCAAAGUAGAGCUUUGUUUUGAACAUCUGAGUGAGGGCAGCAGUGUGCAAGAGGUAAGCUGGUUUCAGUUGGUCCUCAGUUUGGAGAUCCAACUAGUGAAAUGAAAGAUCAAGGGACUGUACCUAUAGUCUCUGCAGGAAAGACUGACUUCCUACUCCUUGAUUGUAAUGCUGCAGUGCAAAGUAUAUGUCUAUGGUUUAAUCACCCUUCAUUAGAACACAGUAAUGUAUUCUGAAAAUCUUUAGAAAUUAAUCAAUCGCCUCUGGGUGUCAUAGGGAAAUAUGACAUUUGUGCAUCAGCCGCUUCAGUAAGCCUUUGGGUGCUCAUCUUUUGACGGUAUGAAGAGCAACAGGGCACAUGCAAUUCUGCAAAUUCCUAGUGCUUAAAAUACUUAAAUGAGAGGCAACAAGCCUGAGGCAAAGAAUAUUCUGUGGGAUAAGGUCAGCUUCUGCUGCCUGGAAGCCUUUCUUAACUUGUCAUAUUGAAGCCAUACUAGAACUUAAGUAGUACAGACUCACUCAAUAUAGCUACUUCAGAAAAGCCAUUGAAUUGUCUUAACAGUGGGUGAUGUUUUAAUUGGAAUAGUUAAAAACCCAACCUACCUACAAAUACAUACAUUGCCUUAGGUAGUGGGAAAAAAGUUAACGUACUUAAUUGUUUCUCAUCAGUGUGAUAUAACUAAAAACCACAAUCUCAGAAUGAUGGUGGUAUAGAGCUGUUGUUCUGUUGUUCUUGUCUUUUCUUUCUGCUUCCUUCUUCUCUUUCUCCCUACUGUCCUAGCAUAAACAUUCAAAAUGGAAAGACUCUUCUGAUUAUAUUGAGACAAAAACUCUGAACCUAAACCAGACUGUAGAAAAUUUCUCACUGGAAAAGGAAUUUCUACCCGUAGAGUUUCUUCCUCUCUUUUAAAUCUUGCAAAAUCCUAUGUGAAAUCAUGUGUCACAACUGAAGCAGACUUCUGCAAUGUGGGUAGUGAGCAAAGAGAUUCUGCAGGUGGUCAUGCUCAGGUUAUAGUCACAAGGCUUUUACCUAGCUGAAGGAGAUUCAGAUGGGGGGGGCUGCUGGUAGCUUAUGUUCACAGACACUACCACCCUGACAAACACAUCUUUGUUGUGCUUGAGCACACAUGGCAUGUGUUCUUCUCAUUAUAAAUGCAUUUCCCUAUCAUGCUAUCAGAAAUACCUCUGAACAAAGCAUUUGUUCAUAUAUAUAUAUGUAUACACAAAUAUACUAAACUCACAAAGUACUUUUGAAAGAUACCCAAACAUACAGAGACCCAAGGACUUGCCUGUGCUUAGACAAAGAUUUCCUUUGGAUAGAGGUUUAGGAGGGAAAGUAAAAAAAUGGAUUAAGACAGAUUUUUGGGAGAAAGAUAACCUUGAUUGAUAUAUUGCUGUCAAAGAGUAAUUAUUCUGUGACUACAGCAUGAAUUCUCCACCCACCACUAAUAACUCUGCUCUGAAACCAUGUCCUUAUUUUUGAUGUAGAACUGAAUUUGUAACUUUUCAGGCUGAAAAUAAUUUCUUAAAAACAAAGAUUGCAGUAAUUCAGUGCUAAGUUGUACUUCUCAAUCAGACAAAACAUCAUUCUAGGAGGCAUGAAGUGCUCCUGCUCCUUUCCUGGGGUUAGUCUUUAAAAUUCUGACAAAUUCAGCACCUGCAUUAACACUCUCACUGCUGGUAAUUGUAGCUCAGUUGUGCAGCUGGUGCUCUGACUGUGCAGUCUGAAGUUUCUUAGGAUUUCCUUGAUGCAAUGGGGCUCCAGGGACAGCUGUGUAACAGCCAAAACUUCCAGUUUCACAUUUUUACUAGUAGAAUUAUGGUAUUCCAAUGACUAAUACAAAAAUGUGGCAGAAGGUAAUGGAAAGAACACCAGCUGCAUAGUUAGCCUCGGUAAUUGUAUUUAACUAAUUAGAGGCUAUGCUAAAAAAGUCAGCUAAAGCACUGGUCUAGAGCUCCCUAUUUUUGCACAGGAGGAUGUCAUAGGAAUUAUAUCCCUGUGUCUUCCUUCUGAAUCUCAU